AUGUUCCGCACCGCAGUGAUGAUGGCGGCCAGCCUGGCAUUGACUGGGGCUGUGGUGGCACACGCCUACUACCUCAAACACCAGUUCUACCCCACGGUGGUGUACCUGACCAAGUCCAGCCCUAGCAUGGCAGUCCUGUACAUCCAGGCCUUCGUCCUUGUCUUCCUCUUGGGCAAGGUGAUGGGCAAGGUGUUCUUUGGGCAGCUGAGGGCAGCGGAGAUGGAGCACCUUCUGGAGCGUUCCUGGUAUGCCGUCACUGAGACGUGUCUGGCCUUCACCGUUUUUCGGGAUGACUUCAGUCCCCGCUUUGUUGCGCUCUUCACUCUCCUCCUCUUCCUCAAGUGUUUCCACUGGCUGGCUGAGGACCGUGUGGACUUUAUGGAACGAAGCCCUAAUAUCUCCUGGCUCUUUCACUGCCGCAUUGUCUCCCUCAUGUUCCUCCUGGGUAUCCUGGACUUCCUCUUCGUCAGCCACGCCUAUCACAGCAUCCUGACCCGUGGGGCCUCUGUGCAGCUGGUGUUUGGCUUUGAGUACGCCAUUCUGAUGACUAUGGUGCUUACCAUCUUCAUCAAGUAUGUGCUGCACUCUGUGGACCUCCAGAACGAGAAUCCCUGGGACAAUAAGGCCGUGUACAUGCUCUACACGGAGCUGUUCACAGGCUUCAUCAAGGUUCUGCUUUACAUGGCCUUUAUGACCAUCAUGAUCAAGGUUCACACUUUCCCGCUCUUUGCCAUCCGGCCCAUGUACCUGGCCAUGAGGCAGUUCAAGAAAGCUGUGACAGAUGCCAUCAUGUCACGACGAGCCAUCCGCAACAUGAACACACUGUAUCCAGAUGCCACCCCUGAGGAACUCCAGGCAAUGGACAAUGUCUGCAUCAUCUGCCGAGAAGAGAUGGUGACUGGUGCCAAGAGACUGCCCUGCAACCACAUCUUUCAUACCAGCUGCUUGCGCUCCUGGUUCCAGAGGCAGCAGACCUGCCCUACUUGCCGCAUGGAUGUCCUGCGGGCAUCACUGCCAGCCCAGUCACCACCACCCCCUGAGCCUGCGGAUCAGGGGCCACCCCCUGCCCCUCAUCCCCCACCACUCUUGCCUCAGCCCCCUAACUUCCCCCAGGGCCUCCUGCCUCCUUUUCCUCCAGGCAUGUUCCCCCUGUGGCCCCCCAUGGGCCCAUUCCCUCCUGUCCCACCUCCUCCAAGCUCAGGAGAGGCCUCGGCCCCUCCGUCCACCAGUGCAGCGGCCCUUUCUCGGCCUAGUGGAACAGCCACAACUAUAGCUGCCGGCAGCAGUGCCUCUGGCCCAGUGCCUGGCUCUGCCCCUGCCCCAGAGGCUGGCCCUGCCCCAGGCUUCCCCUUCCCUCCUCCCUGGAUGGGCAUGCCCCUGCCUCCACCCUUUGCCUUCCCCCCUAUGCCUGUGCCCCCUGCGGGCUUUGCUGGGCUGACCCCAGAGGAGCUUCGGGCUCUGGAAGGCCAUGAGCGACAGCACCUGGAGGCCCGGCUGCAGAGCCUGCGCAACAUCCACACGCUGCUGGACGCCGCCAUGCUGCAGAUCAACCAGUACCUCACUGUGCUAGCCUCCUUGGGGCCCCCCCGGCCUGCCACUUCAGUCAGCCCCACAGAAGAGACUGCUUCCACAGCAGUUGCUGCUGCCUCCAUCAGCACCCCCAGCUCUGAGGCCACCACACCAUCCCCAGAAGCCUCCUCACCAGCCCAGGAAACUGAAAAGCCUCCAGCUCCUGAGUCUGUGGGCACCGAGGAGCUACCUGAAGAUGGAGAGCCAGAUGCUGCAGAGCUCCGCCGGCGCCGGCUGCAAAAGCUCGAGUCCCCUGUUGCCCACUGACACUGCCCCAGCCCUGCCCUGCUCUCCUGAGCAGCCCUUGCUGGAACACAUCCUGCCACCAAGUGCCAGCUCCCUCUGUCUGACCAGGGAGUCGUAACCACAGCUCUGAGGAAGAGGAAGUGGCAUUCCUGAGGCCAGGUGGAAAAAAGGGCGUUUCCAGUUGGCCCCACUCCCAUGGGGAUGCUGGUCAGUUCCAGCUGUCCUCUCCACCUCUGUAGCACUCUGCUGUGCUAGGGCCCGGCCAGGACUAUGAAGGCAGAAGGUUCAGCCUCUAAGACCCUCUUCUUCCCCACCCUUUCUGGGGGAAGGGCAGCUCCUCUGAGCCCUACUGUGUGUGAGGGGGUCAUGCUGCAGUGCCGAACAGUAUUAGCUCCCAUUCCCAAGUGUGGAUCCCGGAAGGGCUGGAGGCAGGCCAAGAACUUGCUGCUGGCUUUCCUGCCAAGACUGGUACCAAUUUCCUCUUCAUACCUCCAUCUUCCCAGAAGCCCCUUGUGGUGGUAGCUGUGUCCCCAUGCCCUCUGGCAUUUCCACAUCUUACUGGCAACCACACAACUCAGGGAAAGGAGUGCCUGGGGGUGGGGGCAGGCAGGCAGCACUGAGGGACCCUGCCCCACCCCUCCCCCAGGCCCUUCCCCCUGCAGCUUCUCAGGUGAGGCUGAGCCACCUCACCCAGCAGCCACUGCCCAGCCACAACAGGGCUGAGGGCUGAUGUGCUGCUCCUCAACCACUGCAACCCAGAAUCCAAGAAGGCCACUGUUGAGCCUGCAGGACUUUUCUUGAGUCAGGAUUGGAGCUACUUCCUCACCGAGUGGCUUUUGGCUUAAAUCAGUCUUUUGAAUCUGAAUGCUUGACCCCAGAAAGGAGAAGCAGGGGUGCUGGCUCCUAGUUUUUCUAGUUUAGAACAGGCUCUGAGACAGAAAGGGAACAUGGGAGCUGAGGCCUGCCUGCCCCUGUCUUUCUUCCCCUCAGUUUUGUGUUACAAGAGUUGCUGGAGACAGUUUCAGAUGAUUAUUUAAUUUGUAAAUAUUGUACAAAUUUUAAUAGCUUAAAUUGUAUAUACAGCCAAAUAAAAACUUGCAUUAACAA